AAUUUGGUAAAUUCCAUUUCGAUCAGAGUACGAAAUGAUAACCGAUAACGGCGAGUACGCUGACUAUUUGCGUUUCCCGGAUAGCUCCUGGAAGCGGCCAGAGGGUCCAGCGCGAGUUUGGAGAGUCGUGGAAGGCCGCAAGAAGUUGGCUGACGGGAAAAUACCGAAAUUUUCGAUCCAAGAAGUCCCCGUAGAGUUGGAACAAGAUGUGGUGGAUUUCAUGACGCGUUACUUCGUUCCCGAUGAAGUGAUCUGCGCGAGUCUCGACUUGAUCAACGACCCCCCUGCAUUACGGGAGAUGCGGUCGUUCUGGAAGAAGUUACUGAGCCAGGGAAUCAGCGUUGUUGCACUGCAAGAGAAUUCCGACCCUGUCGCAAAACCUGUCAUAGCCGGUGCUAAUAUUUUAAGCGUCUCGACUUUGGCGGACGCCGGAAAUCGCGACAAGGGCACGCCCUUUCGAAGUGACGCUCUGAAGAAGUUGGUGUCAAUCAUCGAGGAACUGGAACACGAAGCCGAUGUGUUGAACAAAUUCAACGUCGACAGAUAUCUGAACGCCUUAGGACUCUGCGUUCAUCCUUCUUUCAGAGGUCAAGGAUUAGGAGACGAGAUUCUUCGAACGCGUGACGCCAUCGGUCUUGCGUAUCAGAUUCCCGUGAGUGGAACGGUUUUCACCGGUCCGGCCUCUCAGUUAGUGGCGAGUCGUGUCGGUUUCCAAGUUUCGAUAGAGAGAAAGUAUAGGGAAAUCCUCGAUGAGGCGGGAAACCCCGUUUUACCACGGGUGAAGUGCGACUAUAUAAAAUUGAUGGUCAAGAAGCUUUACCGAUCAUAACGAGCCACCGGAAGCUCAUAAAAAUGUAAUUGUGGUAUGGCGUGAUGAGAUAUUGUGAUUGUUGAUUCAUUUUGGAAGACCAUUUAUCGUGUUUAGAGUUCACAUUUGCGGAUUCGUUACAAUAGCUGUGUUGUUAAUAUUAUACAUUCAUGCAUUCUACAGGCGGCGAUGGUUGUUUAUUGUACGAGGAAUUCCUGCACGCACGACGAGUGGAACGGAUAAUGGAUCUUCCGACGAAUGACCGGUGCGGGCUCCGUUUGCACAGUACCUACUUUUCGAUUUCAACUAUUUUAUUUAGUAUCUCGGGAUGGGUGCAAGGGUUUUACAAUAAACUGAUACUGCGUUCUCUCUCAUAA